AUGCUUCAAUUCUAUUUUGGAUUAUAUGGAUUAGCCCUCUUUUUAUGUUUCCUUGGGUUUUUGUAUGCUUUAAUUGAAAAAGCAUACAAAUGGUUAACAAGUAAUGUGAAGAAAUCUCAUUUACCAAACUAUUCCGAAGUCAUUUCAUCCUGCUCAAAUCAGAAUGGCAUAACUCAUAAAAAGGUUCCAAGUAUCGUUGAGAAGGUAGAACCAAACAAUUUGAUGGAUGCAGUAAAAGUCAGUGAAAACUCUGAAAGUUCAUAUAAUCCAGAGAACAAUGAAAAUCAACUACAAGAUUCAGAUAUUAGUACACCAACUGAAGAAAUGAAAACAAUAAUGAUGAAUAAAAAAUACAUUGAUAAUAAUCAUGAUCAAAAUCAUUCUAAAUUAGAUACAUCAUUAAAAUCUUUCUCUGAACGUCGACAAGAACGUCGUAAACGAUAUAAAGCUAAAAAAGGUCAAAAUUCAUCAUUUGGUUGUUAUUCAAUGAAUUCUUCUAUAGAUGAAUAUGAUAAUGGAAAUAUAUUUCUGGAAGAUUCAGAUGAAACAACAAAUAUUAACAAUUGUUCAGUGUUAUCAGAUAGUAAUGAUUCACAACCGGAUUAUUUUAUAUUGGAAACACAUAAUAUGUGUGAAUUAAGAAAUUCAAUACAAAUAACUAAUUUAGAUGAUAAUGAAACUGAUAAUCUUAAUCAUAAUGAUAUGAAUACGAUGGAUAAAACGGAUUCUUUAGAUCAUUCAGAAGAAAACAAGUGUUUAGCAGCAGAAUAUUCGUAA